AUGUAUCUAAAGCCGAAGCUCAGGAAUUGUGCUAUACGAUUGCGUGCAACGCGCACUGGACGCGUUCACUCCGGGCACCUGCCACGCACACGUGGCUGUCGCCUGUUGAUCCCUCCGCCCCCUUUCCGCAACGCCUUACUAGUAGAGCUGCAUAAACUAAACGUACCUUGCGCUAACGGCUUUAUCCGCUUCGCACCAAACACCCCCACAUUAUGCGGGAAACUGGACCAAAUACCGCUCCCAAACAAGAAAUUUCUCUACUCGUCAUCAUCCAAAAAUCCAGCAAUAGAACUUCAUGGCCGACCCACGUUCGCCGCAGUAUACCGUCUAGUAGACCAUUGUCAUAAUGUUUUGCUAACGGCUAGAAACGGCUCGUUCGAAGUGGGCCCAACAGUUAAGCUGAUAUGUUCCUACAAAAUCCACCUUCCUUAUGGAAACCGCGUCGCUCUGCGGCUACAAAUGGGCACGGGGCCAAAGAAUACGAGAGAGAAUGAUCUUUCGAAUAUCAUCCACGAGGAUGUUCAAGCUUUAUGUAGAGGAAUGGAAUUGAGUCUCGAAGAUGGGGAGUCCAGGUGGAGACACUGUUCUCAGCCUGGAGACCCGUUGAGAAGUGUUCAGAUAGUAUCUGAAAAGAAUUCUGUUCGGUUAAAUAUUAGUGUAGCAGCAAAAAAAAAUACGUCAGCUAUGUGGCUGAAGGUGUGGUGGAUGGAUAAGGCUGUUGAAGAGACUGUAGGUCAUUGUGACUAUGGGUGGGUUUUGUCUGGAGAUUUUUGCAUAUCAGCUGUGAGGGAAGCGAAGAAGGCUUGGAGGCAGGCUGAGGCAGAGUGUGCGAGAUUAGGUGGACAUCUCGCUAGUGUACUUAAUGAGAGGCAGCAGCAAAUUAUGGACCAAAUGCUGAUACACGCUCCUGGUGCUGGUGUAGAUGACGUGUAUUGGAUCGGAGCAACCGACGCCGUCCAUGAAGGGGAGUUCCGAUGGUCUGAUGGACUACCUUUCUCCUACGCACGUGAGUACAUGGAUGUUUUAAAUAUUUACUUAUUCCUACGGAAGGAGAGUCUUGAGAGCAGUUCAGGCAUUUCUUACACUGCACUACAUAUGGGUCUGAAACAAAAUGAUCAGUCUAUAAAAGAAAAUGACUUAAUAACCACGUAG